UGGAGCCGGUGCUGCCAGGGCUUGGGGGUCAUGGGGCAGGGGCUUGGCAUGGAGAUCCUGGAUGCUGUGCUGUGACAGCUCGAAGUCCAAGGGUGCAGGGCAGCUGUGGGACUGGGGAGGGGUUGAGCUACCUGGGCUGGGGACAGGGGCAGAGUAGAAGAGGACCAGGACCCUGAGUCUUUUUGCCAACCCCCCCAGGCGGUGGGGGGGGGGUGCGGCACUGGCUGCACCCAGGCCCUGACUUCUGUUGGCUCUAAUAGCCCACACAGGCGCAGGGUCUAAUUUUAGCUCCAACCACAGGAGUGCCUGCCAGCAGGUACAGGGUUAGCUAGGGCUGCUUCUUUCCAGCCCUGCCCCCUGGCUGAGCAGCCACUGUGGGAUCCCUGACCAGUCAGUCCUCAAUGGCCUGAUAGACAGCCUUCCUCUAGGUCAAGGGCAAGGGCAGGGGUCCAGCCAGAAGGGCAGAGAGACCGGACUUGCAGUCUGGACAAGAGUUGCAUCAGCCUGAGCAGUGCCCCAGGCAGGAGCGCCUACUGGGAGGACAAAGGCUAGCUUAGUUGUCCAAAAGCCAAGGGAGGAAUCAGAGUCCUGAGUGCAGGAAAACAAGUCUUAGGAAGCUGGGUCCUCCUGCUUCCCAUGGGUGGCCAGUGACUCACUGUUUGACCUUGGGCAGGGAGUCUGCCUGCAGUGGGCCUCAGUCUUCCCAUCUGUACAAUGAGAAUGCUGGACUAAAAGUUUGACCCCAGCUCCAGACUUCCACUCUCAGGUCCUGUCCUCCCUGCUUGCCACACAGACUCCCAGCUUCCCCAGCCCUGCCUGUGAGUGGCCACAUGCAGCUGUGGAGAAGAAAGUUCCUCUGGCUGGCACUGUCAGCCUCCUGGAUCCUGCUCAUCUUCCUGGGAGUCUUCCCCCUUCUCCGCUUGGCAGUGCCCCCCAGGCCUCAGCCAGGCCACCCCAACGGCUGGCCCCACUGGCUGGAUGCACCGCUCCUGCGGAGUUUCUUUCAGCUGGAGGAGCUCCCAGAAGAUGCCCCUCAGCCUCCUCCAGCCUCCCAUGGUGGCAGCUGCAGCUGGGGAACCUGCUUUGACACCUCCAAGUGCAGGGGCAAUGGCUUCAAGGUCUUCGUGUACCCAGCAACUGGUCAGACCUCUGAGGUGCAUCACAGGAUCCUGGCCUCCCUGAAAGCCUCUCACUACCACACACCCAGCCCCUCAGAUGCCUGCCUCCUCCUCCUCCUUCCCAGCCUGGACUCCCCAGCUCCAGCAUGCAGCCUGCAGCCUCUGCACUGGAACAGGGGCAGGAACCAUCUAGUCCUCAAUCUCCACCCAGCUCCUUGCCCCCGGGCCUCCUGGCUGGGACAGGCGAUGGUGGCCGAGGCCAGCCCCAUGGUGGACACCUUCCGGCCUGGCUUCGAUGUGGCGCUCCCCCAUCUUCCUGAAGCCCACCCAUUGCGAGGUGGGGUUCCUGGCCAGCUGCAGCAGUACAGUCCUCACCCCGGGGCAGCCCUGGUAGCCCUGGCAAAUGAGAAGGGCAGGUGGUACAUGCCAGGCACCCACACCUCUGCCUGUCCCUGGAAUGGGCACUGUGAACAGGAUCCUGGACCUGAAAAGACCCACCCUGGGGACAUGCUGCCCAAUGCCACUUUCUGCCUCAUCCCUGGCCACCGUCCUGAAGCCUCAAGCUUCCUACAAGCCCUGCAGGCUGGUUGCAUCCCUGUGCUCCUCAGCCCUCUCUGGGAGCUGCCCUUCUCAGAAGUCAUCGACUGGACUAAGGCGGCCAUUCUAGCUGACAAGAGGCUCCCACUUCAGGUCCUGGCUGCACUCCAGGAGAUGCCCCGUGAGCGGGUCCUCACCCUGCGUCAGCAGACCCAGUUUCUAUGGGAUGCUUACUUCUCUUCAGUGGAGAAAGUCAUCCACACCACUCUGGAGAUUAUUCAGGACCGGAUCUUUGGCACAUCUGCUCGCCCCUCACUGCUGUGGAACAGCCCCCCAGGGGCGCUUCUGGCCCUGCCCACUUUUUCCAUGAGCCCCCAGGACUUCCCUUUCUACCAUCUGCAACGGGGCUCCCGCCCUGAGGGCAGAUUCAGCGCCCUGAUCUGGAUGGGGGGCCCUGGCCACCCCCCACUGAAGCUCAUCCAGGCAGUGGCAGGCUCCCAGCACUGUGCCCAGAUCAUGGUUCUCUGGAGCGGUGAGAGGCCACUCCCAUCCCAGUGGCCAGAGACAACAGUGCCCUUGACAGUCAUUGAGGGGCGCAGGAAGACCAGUGACCGCUUCUUCCCGUACAGCGCCAUCAACACCAACACCAUCCUCAGUCUUGAUGCUCACAGUAGUCUCUCCACAAGUGAGGUGGACUUUGCAUUCAUGGUUUGGCAGAGCUUUCCAGAGCGGAUGGUGGGCUUUCUGACAUGGAGCCACUUCUGGGAUGAGGCCCGGGGUGGCUGGGGCUACACAGCUGAGAUGACCAAUGAAUUCUCCAUGGUUCUCACCACGGCUGCCUUCUACCAUAGGUAUUACCACACUCUUUUCACCCACACCCUGUCCAAGCCCCUGAGGACCUUGGCAGAUGAGGCGCCCACCUGUGCGGACGUUCUGAUGAACUUCCUGGUAGCAGCGGUCACCAAGCUGCCCCCUAUCAAGGUCCCCUGUAGCAAGCAGCACCAAGAGGGUGCUCCACUGUCUCCUGGGGGUACUGGACCCCGGCCAGAGCCGCAGUCUCCACCCCGGGACUGUAUCAAUCAGAUGGUGGCAGAGUUCGGCUACAUGCCCCUGGUGUCCUCUCACCUGCGUCUGGACCCUGUUCUGUUUAAGGACCCGGUGUCGGUGCAGCGUAAGAAGUACCGCAGCUUGGAGAAGCCCCAGGGAAAGGGUUGCUGAGGUCCUUAGCCAGGCUUGCGGACCUCGCCGCACCUGCCUGAGAGACAUGGGAGAGCCAAUCAUGACAGCCCAUCUGCCAAACGACCGAUCCCGAUCAGCCAAUCACGGUCAGGAUACUAAGGGGCGGGGCCGUGCUUAGUGUAGGGCGUUUUCUGCCGCUAUGCCUCCUUGCGGGUGGAUUCCCUUGUUUGAAAUACCUUUCUCCGCAGAGCUAAUUUCCACUUUCUUUCAGAUCCUUGUCUGACCCUCACGCUCGGCCCGCGAUGGGUUUAGUCUCUCCAGUUCACGCUGGUCCCAGAUCCCUCCUGGGAGCCCCGGAGGGCGGGUCGCGCCCUCUUCUCCCUGGUCUGGCGAGAACACCGCAGAGGUUUGAUGAGUAGAUAGACAGUUGGAAGAGACAUUAACUGUAUGCCUGCGUGGCAGAACGUGGACAGGAUAUGCCAAGAGACAAAACCCGGUUCCCUAUCCCCUCCCGGGGUUCCUAGUCCGCGAGGAAAGCAGCUAUCCGCAGACGCCUGGGUUGCCAGGCUCAAUCUUUGCGCCCUAGCGAAGGAGCCAAGAAGUGCGGGGAAGCGAGGAGGCGGGGGAAGACACGGAGAUGGCGCGUGGCGCCCGCGUGGGAGACCCUUGGCUCAGGCCUGGCGGGCCGCCCUGCAUUCCCGGGCUGGACCACUAGAGGCCAGCGCCGCGCCGCACUCGCUCCUCCGAAUAGGGAAUCGCGUUUAAACACCCUCCGGGUGAGAGGGCGGGCAGGGGGCGUGGAGGGUCAGUGGUGUGUGCUGCUCCGGGCUUGAAAGAGGGGAAGGAAUCUAAAAAGGUAGCCUCAUAGUUCUAGUCUCCUCACUUGGAACUCAGAAGAGGCCAUUUUCAGAUGGGCUGGGCGGGAGGAAGGCUGUCCCCUGCGCCCUGUAGGUGAGGGUCGAGCAGGAGAGGGGACACCGGUUCUCUCGUGUUCAUCCACCUGGAACUGGAAUUAUCACUUCCGAAAUAAAGCGCGUGUCCUUGCCCUCCUCACGCUCAGGCUAUAAAUACCCUUA